UCUGGCCCACAAACCCUGCCAGUCUGCCUCGGAACAACAUUCUCUACGUGCGUGACAAUAGACCUGUUGAUGUGGGAAACGGACAUGUCGAGUUGCAUAGCUGCAUGCGUUGGAUAGAACUGGUGUGAAGCCGGUCUCACACCGCACCAGCGGUAGCAUUUCAUCAGCGGCAUCUCAAAUCGCACUGAGGUGUUGGAAGCACCUGUCUACCAAUCUUGAUUCAUCAGCAAAACGCUGUGCACCCACAGACACAGAACUACGCCAAGAAACGGAGUCAACAGAAGAAAGCAGGUAGGGAAUAAAAACCUCAACUGCCUCAAGACAGGUCUGGAAGAACACGGCUCUUGAAAAACGCUAGUCCUCGCAAGAAAAAAAAAGAAACCUGUAGAUAUUCUCAUUAUUUAUAGAGGAAAGCCUCGAUAAAUUUCAAAAUCAAAAGAGAGUGAAGUACUGAGCAACAUUUUACAAAGAAAAUUCACAGCUUCAAGCAAAUUCAAGCGCUUUAAAAAAUGAAUACGCAUACAAAUGUCACUACGAACGACAUCGUGGUUACCAUCGAUGACAUCGAGCGGCUGGCUCACACCAAGCUGCCUCCAAAGGUGAAAACUUUCUAUCAAGACGGGGCGGACCAGCAGCAAACCGUUUCCGAAAACCUGUUCGCGUUCAAAAGGCUAAGACUCUUGCCACGUGUGCUGCGGGACGUCACCGUCAUAGACACGGAAGUCAUGUUGCUUGGACAACGUGUUUCCAUGCCUGUUGGAAUAUCGCCAACGGCUCUGCAAAAGUUAGCGCACCCUGACGGAGAAACAGCAACUGCACGAGCUGCCGCAAACGCUGGAGCUGUGAUGGUUCUUAGCGCGCUGAGCACCACCUCCAUGGAGGACGUGGCAUCCAGUGCACCGGGAGGUCUCUGUUGGCUCCAGAUGGAAGUCAUGAAGGACCGCUCCGUAACCGUUGACUUUGUAUCCCGGGCCGAGAAGCUCGGCUACGGAGCGAUCGUUCUCACUGUUGACAUGCCUGUGUUUGGACUUCGAGUGUCCAACGUCAAAAACCACAUGACCUACCCCGAGCAUCUAUGCUUAGCGAACUUUGAAGGGACUAAUUAUAGUCACAUGAAAGACCUGAAGGAGUCCUGCCUGGAAGGACUGCGACAGUCAUUUGACAGGUCGCUUACAUGGGACGUGCUCACCUGGAUACGAAGCAUCACCAAGCUCCCUGUGGUUGUCAAAGGAAUUCUCACGGCUGAAGAUGCCUGUGAAGCUGUAAACCAUGGGGCGUCCGCGAUACUGGUUUCCAAUCAUGGUGGACGCCAGCUCGACGGUGUGCCUGCAACGAUCGAGGUCCUAGCCACCAUUGUUCGCGCUGUCCGAGGCCGCUGCGAAGUAUACAUGGACGGUGGAGUUCGCAGGGGCACCGACGUCGUCAAGGCACUGGCGAUGGGCGCUCGCGCAGUCUUCAUCGGCAGACCCAUCAUCUGGGGUCUCGCUUACAGCGGUGAAAAUGGAGUCAAUAAAGUGUUGAAUAUCUUCAGGACGGAGCUUGAGCGAGCACUGGCACUAAUGGGAUGCGCCUCUCUCAGCGACAUCAAACCAGGCAUGGUGAUCCACCAGGACAGUCUCGGGAACCGAGUGGAUACAGAACCGCCGUGUCUUCAGUAAUACCCGACUCCUGCGAAACUUCCUAGCACAUCUUGAAUGCAAAUUUUGUACACUUACUGGUCACUCACCUUGGAUCAGAAGCCUCUGGUCAGCCAACCAUAAGAUCUAUUUUGUCACUACUAGAUGGGGCAGCCUAUGACGUGAUCGACUUCUUUUCUUUAGGAAGUGUUAAAUUUCUCGAGAGGCUUCUGAUUAAGCCUGAUUCUGUGGCAGUAUCAGAUUUUUUCAUCCUUUUCUGCGGAACAUUCUUCGUUCUCCAUGGCGGUCAACCGUUUUACGUGCAAAUAACGCAAUUACAACCACUGGAAAAUAUUUCUUUACUGUACGGCCAGAAUAAUGAAGCACGUACACCCCGCAUGCUCAGUGACUAUGGCGUUCUAUGGCUGAGCUCGAACUAUCGGGUUCGAUUUCGGCCGUGGCGGCCGCAAUUUGAUUUGGACCGAACGCAAGAAAUGCACGUGUACCGUGUAUUGGAUGCACGUGAAUGAACCACAGGUGAUCAAAAUUAAUCCAGAGUAAACUCUAAUAUGCCGUGCCUCAUAAUCCGAUUUUGAAUUUGGCACUUAUAACCCCUGAACUUUGCCGGAGAAGCGGCUUUUCACGAGGUCUCCCGCAGACUUCUGUUUCACCGAAACUACGUCAUCAACCGAUAUGGAUGAACUACGAACGGCACCAAGCAGGCUUAAAAUAAAAUAUCCUUCGACAGCACACAUAUAUUGAGUCCGCAUACAGCUAAAGCAGUCUUUUGUACUCCUGUAUGAAAACGGAAUUGAUUUUGUAGCCUCUUUUAAAGCGAAUAGCUUAACCUGGUGCUUUCGGACGUUUCCGUACUCGAACAUGCGCAUUCGUCACUGAUCGCACACUAGCUCUUCGAGACGUGCGUGCUGUCUCGCGAGGGCUU